AUGGUGAGUAUACCGCCUGACCCAGGAGGAUCAUCAACAUCUAACAAAAAUGUUCAACUGGGAAGGUCCUUUUUGAAUGUGGUUAAAUGGGGUGGUGGGGCUGUGGUGAAAUUGGUGCCCAUUCAAAUGAAAAAUCCAAUUCAGAUUAAUGGGCAGAUGGGAUUUGUAUUCACAGAUCAAGAGACAAAAAAAUUGGCUAAUGAUUUAAAGUUUGCUAUGGUAAUCAAAUUUCUUACAACUCGGCCAAAUAUUGAUGAACUACGCAGGGCAGUAAUAAAAUCGUGGGGAUUGACAGAUAUUCCGUUCAUCAGUAUCAUGGAUGUUGUUCAUGUUCUCAUCCAACUAAACAAUGAAGCUAAUUUUUUCCACGUUUGGGCUCGAGAGGAAAGAUCGGUGACAUGGGCGAAUUUUCGAAUGUUCAAAUGGUCACCAGAUUUCGACCUAAAAAACGAGCGAUCCAUAGCGACUCAAUGGAUUUUCCUUCCUGGAUUACCAAUGCAUCUUUACAGACCUGAUUACCUUUGGAUGUUCGCCACUUUGUUUGGGAGAUAUAUGGGUACUGACCAUGCUACAUUGCAUCGAACAAGGGCAACAGGUGCAAGAAUGUGUGUAGAAUUGGAUUUGCUUGAUGAGAGGGUUAAGGAAUUUCCGAUAACGGUUUCAUCCACAAAAACUAUAUGCUAUGAAUGGAAUGGAAUGGAUCUUGAUGGAUGGUCAAUUACUAUGGAUAAAGCUCAGCUAAACCACGGAUCUGGUAGAGAUCGGGAUGGGGACCGGGACCGGGGCCGUGACCGUGAUAGGGAGAGAAAUCUUGAACAUGUGGGUGGGCGUGGAUCUGGUGGAGACUGCUUCAAAUGUGGAAAGCCCGGGCAUUUUGCUAGGGAAUGUCCCACUGGAGAAGGGCAAAGAGGAGGCGGGGGCUGCAGUAGACAUUGUGGUAGGGAUGACAAAUAUGGAGGUGGUGGCCACUACGGUCCCGAUCGUAAUGGUGGACGGAACGGGGACUCUGAUAGCCGUGGAGGAUCAGGAAAUGAUAAGUAUACGUCACAAUAUACAAAACCUAUUACAGUAAUAUACGAGAAAUAUCAGCAUGUUUGGUCUGCAUCAGAUACAAAUACGAGUUUUGGAUUUGAACGGCCAAGAUUAGUUGCCAAGAAAAUCUUGGCCAAUCCUCAAAGUGAAGGUGAUGGUACUGCUGCUAGAAUAGUUAGUGACUUAUUGCAUUUUAAUUAG